AUGUCUACGGGGAUUUUGGAUUUGGGUCUACGGCACUCAGUUGGUAAGAGGAUAUAUAGUAAAGGUGGUUGCCGAGAGUGCAAAAGAAGAAAGAUCAAGUGUCUGGAAGGUAAGCCCUCCUGUUUCCAGUGUCUGAGGUUGAAGAAGGAGUGUUCGUAUCCCGAAGCUGGAGAAAGAGUGCUACGGGUACUGCGGAAGAAACAGAAACUACAAGUUGAGAAUAGUCAAGCAAAUUCUAAAAACGUACUGGAAACUGAAGUAACUAAAGCAGCAAAUCGAGAGUUUAAGCAAGAAGGACAAGCUCAGGCUCUGAAUUUCUUACCAACUGGUAAUCCUAUAAAUCAACUCAUACUUACGGAUCCAAUGAGGCCACCGCAUCCUGGGGCAGAUCCCGCGAGAGAGGUGCUUCCCCCAAGAGAAGUGCUCGCCCCAAGAGAACCAAUACAAACAUUACCUUAUCCUCCUCCUAUUCCACCCCACCACCACCACCACCACCAACAACAACAACAACAACAACAACAACAACUACAACAUCAUCAAGAAAGAGUUCUUUCACCCAUAUUUGGUAUCAACCAACCAGCCCCAAUCCCCAAUAUACACCACGCAGAACCCAACUUGUACGGCGUCAAAGCGUCAACCCAACCGAAAAUGCCAAGGCCAUAUUUGUCCCACUUGUCAGCUCUAGGCGCUGCUGGCAAUGAACUGUUGUAUCCAACAAAUAGACCUGAACAAGACCCAUUUGUUCGAUUACCGCUUCCUCAAAUCACGAGUAGAACUAGGGAAAGCACUAUGCUUGGACUGAACUUUCCCAGAAAGUUGCCAUUCACAACAGCAAGAGAAGUUCCAAAUGCUCAUGAAUAUCAAAAAUUAUCACCUGUGCUUCAAGAGGAUAUCGGAAUUUUACUUAAUCAAAGCGAUCUUAGUGUUUUGGCAAAUGACUUGAACAACAUGGUGAAUGGGAUAUUGUACGAAAAAAACACAGAGUCAAAGGUAAACAAGGAUAAAAAUCCUUCGAUAAAAACAGUUCAUAUUACCGAUAAGUUGCGACGAGAUAUUUCUAUUGAUUUCAUCAAGUUGGAAAAUGAAAAUGACCAAGUAUAUUUAGAAGAGUUUUAUCACAAUUUUUCAAAAGUGGUUUUACCCUUUCCAUCAUUUGACAGUCAAAAUAGAACUUAUUUCAACCCUGCAAGGAAUAUAUUAUUGAGUAGCGCCACUAACUCGGACUAUGUUUUAGCUGCAUUAUUAGCGUGUGGUGCUCACUCUAGGUAUCUUUCCUCGGGGAACCAAGAAGAUGAGGACUAUUAUUAUUUAUAUUUAUUGGAUUGCGUUAAAUUACUAGGUCCUGCAAUUGCCGACGAUCGCACUCUAGGAUUCAAAAUUGAAAGUGUACUACUUACAGUGUUGCUUCUUGCUGCAGCAAAUGCAGCAAACUCCAAGCAAGAUUGGAGACCACAUUUGAAAGGGGCCAAGGAUUUGUUACGGAAAAUAUCUGUUAAGAAGCUUAGGCAUUCUAAAGUGACUAUUUUUUGUAAAUGUUGGUUUGUCACUUUGGAAAUACUUGCAGGAAUAAGCUCCAAUAAAGGAGGAACAUUGACAACUGAUGACGAAAUCCAGGAGUUGAUAACUUCAGGAAGUGAGUAUGAAAAAACCAUUUUAACUGAUUUGGGUAUUAUUUUGGAUAAUGGGUUUAACAUAAUGGGAGGAUAUCAUAACGAUUGUUAUGACUAUUUUUGUGAGUUGUUGAAAAUUUUGAACAAGAAAAGACAAGGUGCUUUGAAUCCUAGUGAACUGAUGCUAUAUAUAAAAUUGUUUGCAAACUUUCAACGUCAAACAGAAGUUGAGUUUAUAAACAAGACUGGUGUAUUACAACGUGGGCAAGAAGGAAUCUUAGUAGAGCAGAGCAAAAGCUUUAGUAUUUCAUGGAUGGAUAUUUGCCACCAGUUGUAUGUCCAAGCUUCAAUGAUUACUUUGCUUUCCACUUGUUUUGAAGAACCAUUUAACUCACCUCAAAUUCAAGUUUUAACAGAUAGUUUGAUGAUGCUAAUGUCCUUUACCAAGGAAUAUGACCCUAAUGCUCCCCUGGCAUUUUUCAAAGUUGAAAAUGGUUUAAUGAUGUUACAAUGGCCAGCACGUGUGGCUGGAUCUCAUCUUAUCAAAGAAACGGAUAAGAAUACAAUUAGAAAUUUUUUUCAGGUACUGUCGCAAGUUGGUUCAGGGGGAGCUUUAAUUGCAUUAAAAAGAGUUGAACGUAUUUGGGCAAAGAGAGAAGAUCCUUCAUUCGAAGAUGAUGGAGAUGAAUCAGAAGAUCUCGUUUCAUAUUAA